CAGCGCUUGCUUCCAGCUGGGCAUGCUCAGGAACACACUCCAGGAAAUCUGUUGCCAUGGAAUAUCCUCACUACUCUUACCAAGUGUAGUUAUCACAAGUUCUUUAAUAAUGUUCUUCUUCACUGGUCAAAGAUGGAUACUAGCAGAUUUCAAGUUGUGAAUAUAGUCAAAAGUCACAUUGGACAAGAGCACAAUGAAGAAGCAUGGACACUAUUGGCAAUGCUGUCGGGUUACAUCACUAUCAAGAAUGUUACUUUUGCUGUUGACUACUUUGAGCAACACUGCCAGAACACAACAGAGGUGGGAUCUUACACUCUGCUGCAAGUGCUGAAGGUACUAAGCAACAGUAUGAAACAUGUCCCUGCUGAUCGUGCUGAGGACCUGCACCACCAACUUGUCAUACCUCUGUCAUCAUUUUCUGUUGGAACUGAGCUCAUUUCCUCCAUGAUGGACACUGUUACACUCCUUACAUACACUCUCCAUGGUGAUGAUAUUGAAACAGAUCAGAAAGCUGUAGAAAAAUGGGUAGCUCCAAUUUUGAAGGCUUGUGAUGAACACCUCAAAGAAGUGCUUUUCCUGAGAACAGAUACACUUGAUGCAGCUGGAGAGGAAAGGCUGUAUCGAUAUCUCUUCACUAUGGGAGAAGCAGCCAUGCUGUGUCCUCAUAAAGUUAAUAAGAGGAUGUUUCUGAUGCUGCAGAGCCUCAUCUUCCACCAGCAGGGUCAAGAGAAGGAUGAUUCCCUUCUCACAGUUCCUUCUACUCAGACACAGUGCUCUCAACCAACAACCAUCACAUUCACUCCAACCAUAAGACUUAAGGCACUUUCUGUAGUGACACUUGGCAAGAUGUGUCUGCAACAUGAGGAACAGGCCAAGCGAAUCAUCCCUGCACUAAGUCGUUUGCUUUCUCCAUCUACACAUCCUGCUAUCAAGAACAACAUCCUUUUUACCUUGACAGAUAUGUGUGUCAGGUAUGCAACUUUAGUGGACCCUCUUAUGGAUCAAGUGACUGCCUGUCUACGAGAUCCUCACCCACAGGUUCACCGCACUGCAUUAACACUCCUCAUCAGCCUACUGCAGGAAGACUACUUGAAGCUCAAGGGUUCCUUCUUCUACAGGAUUUUACAAUGCCUGACAGAAAAGGAUGAAGAAAUGCGUGAGAUGGUCAUCUUCUAUAUAACAGAGCGUCUUCUCAAGCGUUUUCCCAAGAUUCUGUGCCAACAUUUCAUUGAGUGCAUAUUCCACUACAACUGUUAUGAGGAACAUGAAACUUACAACCGGUUUACUCAGAGUAACUUGGAGAAAGAGGUUUUCUCCCUGGCUGGCUCUGAGCAUAGCCAUGAACGACACAUUAUUUAUCACUUCAUGCUUGACCACAUGCCUGAUGAUCAGCGCUUCAUGACUACCCAACGUCUCUGUCAGGAUGUUCUUGGUGCUGUUGUCGAUGGCCGGAUUAAGCUGAACAAAAGUAGCAUGCCCAUGUUGGAAGACACUCUUACUAUUCUGCGAAGUGAUGAAAUCAAACUGGCUUCUCUCAAGAGCAGACCUGAGGACACUGACCAACCCACAGAUCAGGCAGAACAGGCUGCUAUGGCAGGAAUGGUCAUAAAGAAGACUAUCAUCUCACAGGUCAGUGGGAUUUGGUAGUAAAAUUAUUAAUUU